AUGUUGAAGUGCUAUAUUAUCACCUUUAAUUUUUUUAGAUUCUCUUGUGAGCCUCAGAAACAGAGAGACAUCUGCUUUGAACACUCCUGUCUUCUCUACCUCAAGCUCUUUAGCUCUCACCUUGUGCUGUCAUACACAAACACACAUACACUAAUGUACACACCUAAUUCAUCUGCAUCUGGGUCAGCCUUUGUGAACAGAGAGCAACACUCCCCCAGUCUGAGACAGACACAAACAACCUCUCGCUCCUUUUUCUAUCCAUUCGUUUUCCCCUGCUCUGUCGUACUCUCUCUCAAUCAUCCCCUCCAUCUAGUGGUCACUAUGCUCUCAUCUUGUCCCAGUAUUCCUCCAUUUUGGUGGCACUCAGCUAUCAUUUCUCCCGGUAGCUGUAACCCUUGUGCCCUUCGUAGCGCCCCAGUUUUCUUUUCUCCCCCUCUCUUUUUCACCCUUGCUCACUCUCUACUGUAUCAUCAGCACACAUUCUUCAAAAGCCUGUUAACAGAAUUUGCUCAAGCUCAGCUCGCCUGUUUGUUGACAUUUAUUUGCUGUUUUGCGUCAACCAUAUCUGUGUCAUUGUUUUUGAGUUAAAUACUGUGUUUGCUCAAACACACUUAAUGCAGCUCAACCUAAGUGAAAGAAAUUUGUGUAUCACUUUUUUUCUUAAUAGUGCAAUCUUAGAUAUCAAUUUCCGAUACUAGUGCUGUUACGAUGCCUGUGUUUUGAUACUGAUUCUUUUUUGAAUACCUUAGUUUAACCAUUUUCCACUGCAGGAACUUAACAAAUACAAACGAGAGCCUAGACAUCGUCUUUUGUCCAACCAGUACUGGACAAAUGAAGUAUUUAUGGUGCUGGCCGAUACAGAUGCAGUAGUAAAAUGCCACGCUAACAAUGGGGCUCCAGGGAUGGCAGUGUCGGUUCCUCCACCACUUUGAUCCACGCUGAAAUGUUUUGACAACCACUAUCCUGUUAGGCAAUCCCUGCCAUGGUACACCAACAUCCAUUUACAGGAUAUCAUGUUUCCAGCUCCAUGGUUGAGGAGGGGGCGAAGUGGGAGAGUCGUCAUCUUCUACAAGAAGUCUAUGACAACAAGUCUAAGCUCUACUCUGAGCGUGAAAAAAACUGCACUGAACCAGCAAUCCAUGAGUUCCCCAGGGAUUACUUCACCAACCAGGAGCGCGUUGAAGGAGCAGUGGGCCUGCACGUCCUCUGUGCGGUCUACAUGUUCUAUGCCCUGGCCUUGGUGUGUGAUGACUACUUUGUCCCCUCACUAGAAAAGUUAUGUGAGCGACUUCAUCUGAGUGAGGAUGUUGCAGGAGCAACCUUUAUGGCAGCAGGCAGUUCAGCUCCUGAACUGUUCACCUCUGUCAUUGGAGUUUUCAUCACUAAAGGUGACGUUGGGGUCGGCACCAUUGUGGGCUCAGCUGUCUUCAACAUCCUCUGCAUUAUUGGAGUGUGUGGGAUAUUCGCUGUACAGACAAUACAUCUCUCCUGCUGGCCUCUGCUCAGAGACUCUGUCUACUAUACCUUGUCUAUCUGUGCUCUUAUAGUGUUCAUAUAUGAUGAAAAAGUGGUUUGGUGGGAAGCUCUCACGUUGAUUCUGAUGUAUUUCGUUUACAUUUUGAUCAUGAAGUUUAACUCAAAUGUUGUUCGUUUUCUGGAGAGGCAGAAGAAGAACUCGUCCAGUUUGAGGAACGGAGCGGCCAAUAACGCUGAACUAGACGAUGGCUGUGAGGCUACCACUGUUCUACUGAAGAAAGCAAAUCACCACAGGAAGCCGUCGGUGCUGAUGGUGGAUGAACUGCUAUCAGCGUACCCCCACCAGCUGUCCUUCUCCGAGGCUGGCAUGAGGAUCAUGAUCACGAGCCACUUCUCCCCGAGAACUCGCCUCACCAUGGCCUCACGAAUGCUCAUCACCGAGAGGCAGCGUCUAAUCACCACACGGACUUUGACCAACGGUGACUCCGAUGUUCCAGUGAAAGGAGGAAGUAGGUGGAGCAUAGAAAAUGGGCUGUCUGAGGCAGAGAGGGGUGUCAGCGUUCGCCAUGAUGACCGAGAGGCAGGCAAUGAGACAGAGAACGAGGACAAUGAGAAUAACGAGAAUGACGAAGAGGAAGAAGAAGAGGAUGGAGAGGGACCCCUUGUACCCUUCCAGUGCCCAGCGGGUGUGUGUAAAAAGCUGAAGUGGCUGCUGGCCUGGCCUUUGUGCCUGCUGCUGUACUUCACUGUCCCCAACUGCUCCACACCUCGCUGGGAUAACUGGUUCAUGCUGUCCUUUAUCGCCUCCACCUUGUGGAUCGCCGCCUUCUCCUACAUCAUGGUCUGGAUGGUAACAGUGAUAGGUUUCACACUCGGUAUCCCAGAUGUCAUCAUGGGCAUCACCUUCCUGGCAGCCGGCACCAGCGUCCCUGACUGCAUGGCCAGCCUAAUAGUGGCACGACAAGGAAUGGGAGACAUGGCGGUGUCCAACUCCAUUGGCAGUAACGUGUUUGACAUCUUGGUGGGGCUUGGUCUCCCCUGGGCCCUGAAGACUCUGGCUAUCAACUACGGCUCUGAUAUCAAAUUAAACAGCAAAGGACUGAUCUUCUCUGUGGGGCUCCUGCUUGCGUCUGUGUUUCUGACUGUUAUGGGAGUUCACCUAAACAAGUGGACAUUAGACAAGCGUCUGGGUCUCAUGUGUCUCCUCCUCUACUCCGUCUUCCUGUGUUUCUCCUGCCUCAUUGAGUACAACAUCUUUACCUUUGUCAACCUGCCAACCUGCCGGGAUGACUGACACACACACACACACACGCACACACACACUGAUGUACAUACAUGCAAAGAAUUCCAAGUGAAGUGAAGUAUUAAAUAGAUGGUGGUGUCCGAUGACAGAAUUCUAACCAGAAAGUAUAAUUCUAAAUCUAAUCAACAGCAAGCAUUAUUUGCAAAUACUAUUUGACACAGGUCUGAUUCCUGCUUUGUGUCUCUUUUAUGAGAAGAUACCUGUCUUUCUGCUCAGUGCAAUAUGGAGCUGCUCUGGUGUUUGCUCACGAGUGUGGGAUUGAUUUUAGGAACAGAGAUGGGAAUGAGUGACUCAUUACAAGCCCUCAUACAGGACAGCACUGAGGACAACAACCACAACAAAAUAACUCUUUGUUCAACUUCUUGCCUCUGAUGUGAGGACCUUUCAUUUUGAAACUCUUCGUGUAGGUGUAAGUUGUAACGUUUACUAGCUGCUAAUCUUUUAGAUCUACUAGUUGAGCGUAAUAAUGAUAAAAGCAAUGACGUAAAUGGCUAGGAAGGUGUAGUUUAGCGCUGUGGGUGCAGAAAAUGAAGAUUUGUUGAGUUGUUUAAACAAAGUUAGGGCCACAAAUUGAAGUCUUCAAGCAAAGAGCAGACUGUUAUGCAGAUGGCACAUUUCUCAAACUCCAUUAUCUUAGAACUAUUUAUAUUUCCAUUAUGUGGUCUGUUGAGUGCGUUUUGGUUAUGUUGUUAUUAUUCAGAACAUUUUCAAACACAGCUACAUUUUCAGAUCAGAACUACACAAUCCCCCCUACACAGAACCAGGGCAUUAUCCAGUCACCUUUCUAUAAAUUAACUUCAAUAGCAUCACAGCUGUAGCUUUUGUGUUUUGUACUGGAAAUCAAUUAGCUUUAUGGAGAGUUUUUUCUUUUCCUUCUGUAAAUAGCACACAUCUGUAAAUACCCCCAGAUGUCAUAUUUAUUAUUAAUUCAUGUAAUACACACAUUUCUCCUCUGGAGGUCACAAAACACCCACGCAGGUUUUGUUUAUGGGCCCAGGGUUGGUUAAAUCCACACCUAAGAUCUUUUCAGAUGACCACUUGUGUACAAACAAGCACAAUUUCCUCUGAAGGUUGAUUUCAUUAAUGUCUUGUUAUGUGAUGUGUUUAAAUGUUAAAAACAUAAUUCAAACUUGCACUGAAAAGCUUAAACUAGCUUCACAGGGAGACUGUAACUGUUCCUAAUGCAUGCUGAUUAUAAGGAUAGCAUCCUUGUAAAAUGAAGCAGGUUUGUAUGAAAUUAUCAUAUCGUGGUUUUAACAAAACAAAUGUUAUGUAUUUGAGGAUUGUUGUGGAGAGAUGGACUGCUGCUUUUUAAACUCUUCUCAAAGACACGGACCAAAUAGACUCAAAACAGUGGUGGUAUCGUAGAAGUAGAGUAAAGAUGCAAUAUAAAGCAUUGGGACUUUUAUCCCAGCUCUAAAUCUUUUGGUUGGGUUUUCAACUUUAUUUUAAUCCCGGAGUGCUUUGUAUUUUAUAAUGCCUAAUGUCUAGAUUUGUCCAGAUAUGGUAGGUUUGCGGUACAUAAAUAUUCCCACUAGUUUUUAGAGCAUGUGCAAUGUGGUUCAUGAACCCUACAAGCCAUUAUUAUUCCAACAGUUAAGGCACGGCAAAAAUGAACACUCGUCUGUCAAAGCCUGUUGAUUCUCACACAGUAUCCAUCAAAAUAUCAGCUUUUCCUCCAGAUAGGUUCAUUUAAAAUGUCAAGUCCCCUACUCAUAUUUUUUCUCAUUGAGGGAAGACAAUUGCCAAAACAAAACUAAGUUUGAUUUGUUUCAGGUACAUUUUAAAUUUAUUGAUGAGUAAUAUAAAAUAUCAAAUCUGAGAAUUUUUUUUUGUUGAAUGUACAAAUAAUUAAUGUUGUUUUUACUCUGUGCUGUGACCGGAAAACAGGGUUUUAAAGUGUUUAGAAUCUUAUGUAAUGCAAUAACUAUGAGCUUACAAAUAUGUAAAUAUGCCACUUUAGGGAUCAAAGACAAAUUUAUAAUAGAGUUUAAAAAGAUGUAUUCAAAUUGUAAAUGAUGUCUGUCAAUAUCUGACACUGUGACAGCUUGUCAUUCUUUAUGAAAUUAUUUAUCAAUGACUAUACAAACAAUCAAAACAGAGCCCUACAACUCUGAACAUCAGCAUGCCACACAGAAUAAUCAAAUUACUAGUAAGCUGAAUUGUAGAAUUGAAUACUGUAGAUUCUGGUUAUAAUGUCUACCUGAAGGGAGAUCUUGAUAUUUAGAAUAUGAGGUAAUCAUUUUCUUUAUCAGUAUGUCAUCAGGGUAGAAAUGUAUUUAUUUAUUUUAUAGGGCCCAUCAUUUCCUAAUAAUUUCUUUGAACGUUUUUCUCAUUUUAAAUUAAAAGUCACAAUUUUAAGUCAGAAAUUUGACUUACUUUCUCAUAUUACUAUCUCAUAAUUAACUGAAGUAAAUCACACAAUUUUAUUUUGAUUUUAAAUUGAUUAGAUUUGAUUUUCAAAGUCAAUUUUUACAUAGUAUCUAAAAAUGUUGACAUUUCUUUUCCUGGCAGAAAUGGGCUUCCAUAAAUUCUCCUAAAGAACUGCUAAACUCUUAACAGGUGGAGAUCCAUUAAACCCAAGAAAAUUUGCCUUUAUUCAUGAUAUUUUAUUAAAUCUGUGCUUGACCAUAGACACAUUUUUGCAUAUUCAUCUGACCUGCUGUGCACUAACUUAAAGACUCUUUAGGUUAAACUAGCAAUUAUUCAUUGUACUGUCUUUGUUUUAAUUAUAGGUGUUUCAUAAUCACAGUUUCCAGGGACCUUUGUAACAAUUUACACUUACAUAUCUGUUUCUUUCUAGGAAACUGUUAGGAAGCCAUGGGACCAAUUAAAUAAAGUAUUAACUAAUUAUUUUUAUCUCUCUCAAAUCCCAAAAUGCUGAUGACUGUUGGUACUUUGAAAAUCAACACUGUUCAAAGUUUAGUUUCAAAACAUCAACAGUUGGUGAUUUUAAUAAAAUUAAGACAUGGAUCUAUGUGUAUUGUAGCAUUCCUGGCUCAAACCAGUAUCUAUCACUAGCCACAAGCUCUCUGCUUUUCAUUUUUGGUAGGGUGACUAAGAUACAGAUAUUUACUCUAUGUCAUACAAUAUGAUGGUUAUAGUAUUAUUGUAUUUUUUAACAUAGGGCAUUUUUUCAGUUUAGUGUAUUUAUCAGAAAAUAUCUGUAUCAUGCACUUUACCAUUUAACAACUGAUUCUACAUAUUUGGUUCAAUGCAUUCUGUGCUGCUAUUCACUGCAUGUACCUAACACCUAAACAUAAGGUACCAUGUUUUUAAAACUAACCAAACUAUCACAAAGGCGCUCACAUUUUGAAAAGAGGCGUCUUGUAGAGGAGAUUUCUAAAUAAUUUGUGAUAUUCACAUGGGUGAUAUUGCUGAUGUACAUAUGUAAAUAGAUAGGUGUAAAUGUAUUUAUAUAUUUUUUGUCUCAAUCUGUAUAUCUGUUGAAUAUAUUUUCAUAGAUCCUAGGUCUCCCUUGUACUCCCCUUUGUUUUGAUGUGUUUGAGACCUCUGAAGCUAUUGUCCUUUGUUUACUCGCAUGGAGAUAUUUCAAUAUAAUAAAUUAUUUAUGGUAAAUCUUAAUGUACUUUGGGAUGAGAGUCCAAUGAGUUUUUAGAUGGCACUGGAUUUAGUUUGAACUGGAUGACUAGAUGACUGGAUGCUGUUGCUAGUAUAGGAUAUAAGAGAUGGAGAAUGAGAGUGUUUGACAAUACGUUUCUCUGCAUCCAAGCUUUACCUCUUCCUAUACAAGAAACUUUUGAACAGAAUGGUAUACUGUGUUUAGAUGUUUAAAAUGUAAUUUUAGAGAUCAUUUUGCUACCUAAGCAUUAAUAAAGUUGUCUUUGCUUAAGGUAA